ACUCGGACCAUGCACUCGCCUAUCCUCAGCAAAAAACUGCCAACAAGCACAAGAAGCUGACAGCCAAUCCCUCGACUUUCGUUUCUACUCUCAGAGGAUCCUCAUCAGCAACGCGGUGUAAGGUUAAACGUAAUUUCAAGCGCCCUAUGUAUAUAUUCAAGCUGAACUUUAGGCUUUUGACCAGGCCAACGAGCAUCUGGAGCGAUCGAAAAGGGCCUGAUUCAUUGGUCGAUCCUUGAUCGAGCUACUUGGUUCAAGACCGCUCCCUAAGCAUUAAACGGAAUCAUUAUUCAAUAAAGAUUUAUUAAUUUUUUUAAAUAAUCGAUUACCGCUACAAAAAACAUCUCUGACAUUGCAGUCAGCUGACUGGUGACGUUUCGAUAGUGACAGCAAAUGUCAUUUUCUCGCUGACGCAAAGUGGAAUUUUAUACGCUUUUUGUAUAAGUUGAUUUUUUUAUUUAUUUUCAAGAAUAAUUUAAUCAAUUUCACAGCUAAACAGUUUACAAAUUGUCAACUUAAUGAAACGAUAUGCUACAUAGUGAAAAAAUUCACCUGCAGUGGUUUUCUAUUAGCAUCAAUAUAUGUAUGGGUGUUUCUGCUGGCAAAGAAGACGCAUAAGUGGUCAUAGAUUAAGAACACUCCAUUGGUGAAACCAACAACCGGCCGUAUUGAAUAUCUAUAUAGAAACGACACGCUAUAUAUUAAAUAAUGCCCAAAAUGGCACAAGUAAAGGAUCUACAUUUAGGUAAAACUCUAAAUGAUUUAGAAAAGCACUCCGAAAUUCCAGACGCUCGUACUAAAAAAACUCAAAUAUUGGUGGAAUCCGCACGAAAACUAUUACGUGAAGCAGAUCGUUUUUAUAGGGAAGGCGAUGAAGAGUUGGCUUACGUACUAUACAUGAAAUACUUCAAUUUACUUCAUUGUAUACACGGAAAACCUGACUAUGCAGAGCAUAAGCAAACUGUACGUCAAGUUCUUGGUGGCAAUUCUAAUAAUAAAUUGACCAUGAAUAAGCUGGAGGAGCUUAGCACCUCCCUUACGCGACGUUAUGAAGCUAAGCAACUUGCUAAUACAACAGUGCAAUCAGCGGCAUUAGCAACACCCUCACUAAAGCACAGUGAGCGUGUACGUGAUUACAAUGAGCUUUCCGCUUCGGAGAAAUUUGAUCUCUUGAAAGGUGAUUCCGCUACCACAGCAACGUCGAAUGCAUACAACAGUUACUAUACGCUGCAAUCUUUAAAUGUUAUGAAAUGUCAAGAAUUGUUUGAACGUAUGAAGCAGAACAACGUACUGAUAAUGGAUUGUAGACCAAGAAUAGAUUAUGAGAUGUCCCAUCUCACAUAUCAUUACUGUUUUAAUGUGCCCGAAGAUAUUAUUACGGCAGGCAUGUCAGCCGGUAAAUUGCAAGAUAAGCUAGAUAAUGGUUCGAAAGUGUUAUGGUCAGCACGAUCAGUAAAAGAACAAGUAGUAUUAAUUGAUUGGAAUACUAAAGAUGGCAACCCACCGCCAACUUCAACGAUUGGUAUAUUACUUGAAAUUCUGCAAAAUUGGGAUCCAGAUGUCAUUUACCGUUCACCUAUUAAAAUUCUUCAAGGAGGUUACGAGUUUUUUAUUAUGAUGUAUCCAACAUUAUGCACCAAUCCCAGUGUACAAGCCCCUCAACAAAAUAACAAUGAUCUAGAUUUACUUGACGAAAUUGAAUAUCCUUCAAUAAAUGAUAUUACCAUGAAGGAUGAAAUUAGUGGUCAAAGUUAUACUCCCAGGCCAGGUAGUAGCAUGGCACGACCACUUACAUUCACCGUAACGCAGCCUGUGCCGAGCGUAGAUCGUUCUAGUAAAAUGGCUGCAAUGAAAACAUACGAGCAAAAGCAAAAACCCAUUGUGGAAUUGGCUAAAGAACAAGAAGAAUUAUUAGAGAAGGCACAAGCUAACGAUGAACAAUUAAAAAGGGCUUCACAAAAACUGGACACUAUUUUCGAGAAAAAUAAGCAAAGCCCAGAAAAGAAACCAAUGACGGCGACUGAAACGGAACUGCUUUACUAUAUAAUGCAAUUGGAAAGUGCUGCUGCAGACUAUAAAACUGAAAACGAUCGUCUAUUAGAUGAAAUAGAAAAGUAUAAAAGCAAUAAAAAAGAUCAAGAACAUGAGUUAACACCUAACGAGAAAGAAGAUCUGGAAGAAGCCACUCGACAAAUUGAACAUAAAAUACAAGAACGGCAAAAACUGGACGAGCAAUUGGUACGUGAAAAGCUACAACGUGACCAACAGCUGGCUAAGACAAUAGCGCGUUUUCCACGAACGUCACUCGACAACGAAGAUGAUAUGCCCAAACCAAAAAUACCACAAUUCGAUCGGUCUGUAAAACCACAUUUGUCUGCUACAACAACACAGAGCAGUGCAUCCACAUAUAUAAUAGAUAGACAACGCGAUUUUUCACCAAUGCCCGGUGCAAUUGGUCGCGGUUUGACCGGCCUAAAAAAUCUGGGUAACACCUGCUAUAUGAACAGUAUAAUACAGUGCCUCAGCAAUACCCCACAACUCACCGAAUACUGUAUAACCGAUAAAUAUAAGAAUUAUAUUAGUCGUAGUAAUAAGACGAAAGGACAUAUUGUCGAGGAAGUUGCUGCGCUCAUUAAAGUUUUAUGGAAUGGCAACUACAAGUGUGUGGCCAGCAAGGACUUGCGUUACGUCUUGGGACAAUAUCAGCAAAUAUUUCGUGGCAUUGAACAACAAGAUUCCCACGAAUUUCUCACCAUACUCAUGGAUUGGCUGCAUUCCGAUUUGCAAACAUUAACUGUACCCGAAAAGCCACGUGAUAAUAUAACAGCCUCCGAAAAGGCGUGGCUCGAAUUUACCAAAGCAAAGGAGAGUCUCAUAUUGCAUUUAUUCUAUGGCCAAAUAAAAAGCACCGUAAAGUGUGUCGAUUGCAACAAAGAGUCCGCCACAUAUGAAUGUUUUUCGAAUCUAAGUCUGGAACUGCCGUCAAAUGCAAAUGUCUGCUAUCUCAGCCAGUGUAUGGAUAUGUAUUUUAGCGGUGAACGUAUACACGGCUGGAAUUGUCCGAAUUGUAAAAAGAAGCGUGAUGCUGUAAAAAAAUUAGAUAUUUCAAAACUGCCACCGGUGUUGGUUAUACAUUUCAAAAGAUUUUAUGCCGAUACCGAUGCUAUUGGCAAUUCAUAUAAGAAGAAACAAAAUUAUGUACGCUUUCCACUGGAAAAUCUCGAUAUGACGCCGUACAUUGCCAAAUCUGAAUCGCGUUCAGUGACGCCGAAAACGUAUCAAUUAUACGGUGUCUCAAAUCAUUAUGGCUCCAUGGAGAGUGGUCACUAUACGGCAUUUUGCAAAAGCGGCAAUUAUGGCAGAUGGUUUAAGUUCGAUGAUCAAGUCGUUUCACCAUUGGACACCUCAAAUGUUGUUUCCAGCGCUGCCUACAUACUCUUCUACACCUGGUUGCCGCCAAUUCAAAUAAGCGAAAAUAAUAACGCAAAUUAGCCUUAUAAUCACAACUCACCAAGUGUAAAUAUUGAGUUGUGAAAAUAGUAACUCCUUAUAAUUUUUUGGAUAUAUAUAUUUUUUUUUUAUCUACGUGUAGCGAUAAAGCGAUUGCAUUUGUUCAUUCUUUUACAUAUGUAUGUAAGUACAUAAUGUAUGGAGCGACUGUGGUAGGUGUUUUGUUAGUGCGCUCGGUCUAGUCGCUUUUAAUAACUUGAAGUUGUUGAUUUAAAGAGCAUUUUUUUAUUUGUUGUUUUACUUUUUAUUUUGAAUUUCGGCCAGCAAAGCAACUAAGCUCAUUUUAAACCGGAAAUUAAUUAAUUCUAUAAAAGAAAAAGAUGAAAUCAAAAGUAUGUUUCUAUAUCUGUUUACUCUAUUAAUUGUUAUAGCAUAUUACAAAUAGACGUUUAAUACACAAAAGCAAAAAAUUACAUUUAUUAUACAUUUAAUUAUAUUCUUUAUAUAUAUAAUUUAGCAAAACAAUACAUACAUUUAUAUGUAUCUACUCCUACUACUUAAAAUAUGCUUUCAAUAAUAUGAAAAUGAAAGAAAAUUAAAAAUGUUAACAAUAUUGAAAGUUAUUCUACUAAAU